CCCAGGUCGAACCCACUGACGCUGUCAUUUUGCCUCUGACCCCUCCACUCUCCCCUCCCUCUCUCUCACUCUCUGCCUCUUUCUGUCCCCAGCUGCCUGGUCCGGACCGAGGACGAACACCUUCUGUUUUCAGAUCCUGUCACCAGCUCAUGACCAUCCAACAUGAGGAACAUCAGAAGAGGUUCAGUGAACAUGCAGGUGUAUAUAGAGCUGCUGUUGUUGGGAGUUGUCAGUUUGAGUCAUGGUGCCAUCCAGAGACCAGACUAUGAUGACACUCCAAACCCUGAGUUUCUAAAUCCAUCCUGGAUGGCCAGCCUCCCUGAUGAUCAGCCGCUGUCUGAGGUCACCAUGCCUGGUACACACAACACCAUGGCUCUGUAUGGCGGUGUGUACGCUGAGUGUCAGACCUGGAGUUUGGCCUCCCAGCUUCGUGCAGGUGUCCGCUUCCUGGACGUCCGUGUCCGUCACGUUAAAGGGAACCUCACCAUCCACCACGGGGUGUCUUAUCAGCGAGCUCACUUUGGUCAUGUGCUGGAGGGCAUUGCUGAAUUCCUCGAAGAGUUUCCCAGUGAGACAGUGCUAAUGAGAGUGAAGGAGGAGUUCAGUGAGACGUACGACAUCUACGGAGCCGUGGUCAGCUACAUCCACCACUACGCCAACUGGGACCUGCUGUGGCACAGCCGGCUCGUGCCCACCAUGGAGGAGGCCAGAGGGAAGCUCAUCAUCCUGCAGGACUUUCCUGGACCAGACCUGGGGAUGCGCUAUGGUUCUUUGGACAUAGCUGAUGACUGGAAAGUUCCAACCCUCCUGCAUGUUGAGGAGAAAUGGCAGAGCGUCCAUGAACACCUGGAAGCAGCACCCGCAGGAAACAAAGCCCAGAUUUUUCUCACCUUCAGCAGUGGAGCCGGCGUGUUUGCGUUUCCACGAGCUGUCGCUCAGCGCAUCAACCCACAGCUGUACGACUACCUGAGGGCCAAGACGGACCAGAACCAGAGGCUUGGAAUCAUCUGCAUGGACUUCCCUGCAUCUCCCAUGAUUCAAAUGAUCAUUGACUUCCAGCUAAGAGAGGUCACAAAGAGGAGAAAGGCCCUUUACUCGGGCCCUCACAAGCUAAGUUUGUCUUCACUGACAAAGAAGCUGAUGACUCUUAAAGCUGUUAAUGUCUGAACCCAAAUCUCUGUACUGGGUGAAACCAAAAUACUUGGCUGAAAUAAAUGAGUGCAA